AUGGCGUUGGCCUUUGACGAGUUCGGAAGGCCCUUCAUCAUCCUGAAGGAGCAGGAGCAGAAGACUAGGUUGAGAGGUCUCGAUGCUCAAAAAGCCAACAUAUCUGCUGGCAGGGCUGUUGCUCGUAUUCUCAGAACCUCUCUUGGACCCAAAGGGAUGGACAAGAUGCUUCAGAGCCCUGACGGCGACUUAACGAUCACAAAUGAUGGUGCAACAAUCUUGGAGCAGAUGGAUGUUGAUAAUCAAAUUGCAAAGUUGAUGGUUGAACUAUCUAGGAGCCAGGAUUAUGAAAUUGGUGAUGGCACCACUGGAGUUGUUGUGAUGGCUGGAGCACUUCUUGAACAAGCAGAGAGGUUAUUAGAACGUGGAAUUCAUCCAAUUAGGAUUGCGGAGGGUUAUGAAUUGGCGUCCAGAAAUGCUGUUGAACAUUUGGAGCGUAUAGCACACAAGUUUGAAUUUGGAGAGACAAAUUUAGAGCGUCUCAUUCAAACUUGCAUGACUACUUUGUCUUCCAAAAUUGUGAAUCGUUGCAAACGUAGCUUGGCCGAGAUUGCUGUCAAAGCUGUGCUUGCAGUUGCUGACUUGGACAGAAAGGAUGUUAACUUGGAUCUAAUUAAAGUAGAAGGAAAAGUUGGGGGCAAAUUGGAAGAUACUGAAUUAAUAUAUGGAAUCACCGUGGACAAGGAGAUGAGCCAUCCACAAAUGCCAAAGCUAAUUCAAGAUGCCAAAAUUGCCAUCUUGACUUGUCCCUUUGAGCCUCCAAAGCCAAAGACCAAACAUAAGGUUGAUAUUGAUACUGUGGAGAAGUUCCAGACAUUACGGAAGCAAGAACAGCAGUAUUUUGAUGACAUGGUUCAAAAAUGCAAGGAUGCAGGAGCAACAUUGGUUAUCUGCCAAUGGGGCUUUGAUGAUGAAGCAAAUCACCUUUUGAUGCACAGAAACUUGCCAGCUGUCAGAUGGGUUGGUGGUGUAGAGUUGGAGCUGAUAGCAAUUGCUACUGGUGGAAGAAUUGUGCCUAGAUUCCAGGAGUUAACUCCUGAAAAGUUGGGAAAGGCUGGCAUGGUCCGAGAAAAGUCAUUUGGUACAACAAAAGACCGAAUGCUGUACAUUGAGCACUGUGCAAACUCAAGGGCUGUGACAAUAUUUAUUCGUGGAGGUAACAAAAUGAUCAUAGAGGAGACAAAGCGCAGCCUUCAUGAUGCCUUAUGUGUGGCUAGAAAUCUCAUUCGCAACAAUUCUAUUGUUUAUGGUGGUGGGUCUGCUGAAAUUUCAUGCUCUAUUGCUGUGGAGGCAGCUGCGGAUAGAUACCCUGGAGUAGAACAGUAUGCCAUCCGAGCAUUUGCGGAUGCUUUGGAUUCAGUCCCUAUGGCCCUUGCUGAAAAUAGUGGUCUCCAACCAAUUGAAACACUUUCUGCUGUAAAAUCUCUGCAAAUAAAGGAGAACAAUCCCCACUUGGGCAUUGAUUGCAAUGACAUUGGGACUAAUGACAUGUGCGAACAAAAUGUGUUCGAAACCUUAAUAGGAAAGCAGCAGCAGAUCUUGCUUGCGACUCAAGUUGUUAAGAUGAUAUUGAAAAUUGAUGAUGUUAUUUCACCAUCUGAAUACUAAUGCCUGGGUGUAAGCUAGUUGCCCACGUUAAGAUGCUGAGUAAUUUGUUGGGCUAAUUUAAGUUCAUGGCGACAAUGCACUAGUUCACCGGACAAAAUGUGUAUUUUAAAGAUUUUGGAAUGAUUUUGUUGGGCUAGCUAUAUGGUUUGUUAUUUGAUUCUCAUGUAAGUGAUAUAUUUGAAGAGAAA